GGAAAUCGAACCCGGGGUGAUUUGUGAUCCUGCGAUUCCUCGCGGUGCAUCGUAGGGCCCCGUAGGGCCUCGACGGUCCCGCGUUACCGAUGGUGGGGAGACGCAGUCGCGCGCUAAGCUAUAUAAGAGGACGUACCCGAGAGCUCACACUCUCGUAACCGUUAGCCGAGGAGGCCGCAACCGAGAUUAUCACCGGCGGGUGGACAGGAAAAUAAUCGCGCGGAAACUACUCAACAGUCUCGAGGUCCACUAGACAGCCUGGCCUACGUACCACGAACAUGAUACUCAUAAUAUUACUAAGUACUUUUUUGGGACGGAGCAUCGGGACGCCGAUCGCUAACGUUUGGCUGAGUCCCGUGGGCUCGUUAACACCGUUAAGACAGUAUCACAUACAGGAUGGAUCCGGCGGAUAUCGUUACUCAUUCACGGGACCGCAUCACGCGAAAUCGGAAUCCAGUUUAAACGGAAUCACGCAGGGUGGUUAUUCGUAUAUUGAUGCGAACGGGAUUUUGCAAACGGUGAGUUACACGGCAGACGACCAAAACGGAUUCCGAGUGAGGGCGAGUAAUUUGCCGCAACCACCCAAGAACGAUCUUCAAACUAUUCAAGAUACACCGGAAGUGGCCGCGGCGAAGAGAAACCACUUGGAGGAACUACGGAGGUCGCAAUUAGGGGACCAAUCGCAUGUUCUCUCUUACAAGAUUCUCCCUUCGUAUUUCAGUUUCGCGCAGCUAACGAAAGACGAUGAGAAGAAUCUGGCAGUUCGCGAAAUCGCGCAAACUACCAAGAAUCCAUUCCUCCUUUCGAGCUCCGAGGCGGAAAGGAUCGAGAUACCAAAACCGGACCCUAAUCUCGCCAAAGUAUUACCUCCAACGACCGCUGCUUCUUCAUCAACGUCCGCAAUUCGGUCCAGUCAACAGAAGACUGAUGGAGGGAAUUCCUUGCAGACGGGCCAACUGGUAAGCCUGAGCAGCGUCCAGAGGCCCGUCACCGUCUCGGCGCCCUACGCGGUUCCCGUUUUGCCAUACAGACUGCUGCACAGCUCGCUCCAUCACACUCAGGACUCUUUGGGACAAUACGAUUACACUUACACCGGCGAUUCGAGCGCGAAAACCGAGUCCAGAUCGUUGGACGGGACGACCAGGGGCGCGUAUAGUUACAUCGACCCGAAUGGGAUCUUGCAACAGGUUCAUUACGUGGCAGACCAUAACGGGUUCAGGGUUAUGGCCACCAAUCUUCCGGAAGCCAAGUAAAACCAAGAAGUGUUUCGUAUAAUUUCGAGGAGCGAUAGAAAAAUUGUUUCACUGUGGAAAAGAGAAAAAGGAACAUCCUUGAUUAUUCUAAUCGCUCCUUGGGAAUUCGAGGGAAGUCAUUAGAAAUUCUUUGAUCGAAAUGAAUUAUUUGAACCAUUUUUUAAUAGUGUUCCUUAUUUUAUUCUCAAAAGUAAUCAUCCUUGCUCUCAAAUUCUCACGAAUUAUCAAACCCUCAGUGAACCGACGACGAGAUAUUAAAAACCGCAGGAAGUUUCCUCGUUCGGUUGCUGAUAAGGGCCACCCUUUCCCUUCGACUUGGCGUAUGCGCGAUCAAACAGGCCCGAUAGUUUUCGUUUCACGCCGUUCGAUCACGAGUUUCUUACGCGGUUUUACUUAACUGGUGCGGAUGUAAUCAAACUUUUCCCGAAUGCCUUUCGAGUUCGUUCCGCACGGACACGCGAAACGGGAACGUACUUAAUUCGCAUUCGCCUAUUUUCUGUAUUUCAUCUGUCUGUUAAUCGUCACGACUUAAGUCAAUUUACGGACGAAUAAAUUAUUUUAUCCACGCACGCCUGGCCUUUUCAUUUUCCUCUUUCAUUAUUCAGCAAAUUCAUCCUCUAACUAAUUUUCUUUUUAAAAAAAUUCCGUGAAAGAUUCAAUUUCACAGACUUUUUCAUCAAUUGAAUAGAGCAAUCU